ACCAAUUUGGUCUCCGAGUGUUUGCACCUCGAUCUCAUCGAAUCUCUCCUCACAAAUCACUUCACAAUCUAUCAAUUUCUCUUGUUUUUCUGUGUCUCUCCAACUUGACUCUCUCCGGCUCACACAGAAAAUUUCUGAGAAUGGCGACAAAAGCAGCUUCAAGCAUGCAGAUUGCUGCAACAAGGCCGUGCCUUUCUUCAUCCCCUAAAGCUUUUAAGUCCGGACCUAACAGUUAUGGCGUCAAUGCUAAAGCUAUGUCAUGGGAUAGACUUACCAGUGCUUACCAUUUAUCGAACAUUGCACCUUUGAGAAAACAGAGUCUUGCGUCAACACUGGGGAAACCCGUGACCUUUGUCACAAAGGCGGUGUCUGAAUCCAGCGAAACUAAGGCAUCCUCUGGGUUGCCAAUUGAUCUGAGAGGCAAAAGGGCUUUCAUUGCCGGUAUAGCUGAUGAUAAUGGAUACGGUUGGGCAAUAGCAAAGUCUCUUGCUGCUGCUGGAGCUGAGAUAUUAGUUGGAACAUGGGUUCCUGCCCUUAACAUUUUUGAGACAAGCCUGAGGCGUGGAAAAUUUGAUCAAUCACGCGUGUUGCCAGAUGGGUCAUUGAUGGAGGUCAAGAAGGUUUAUCCUUUAGAUGCUGUGUUUGAUAAUCCCGAUGACGUGCCUGAAGAUAUCAAAACGAAUAAGCGUUACGCAGGGUCAGCAAAUUGGACAGUGCAGGAAGUUGCUGAAUGUGUGAAACAAGAUUUUGGAAGCAUCGACAUUCUCGUGCACUCCCUCGCAAAUGGGCCAGAGGUUAGCAAACCUCUUCUAGAGACAUCGAGGAAAGGGUAUCUCGCUGCUUUGUCUGCUUCGAGUUACUCCUUUGUCUCCCUGCUCAAGCAUUUUCUGCCGAUUAUGAACCCAGGAGGUGCUUCUAUAUCUCUUACCUACAUUGCCUCUGAAAGGAUCAUUCCUGGGUAUGGUGGAGGUAUGAGUUCUGCCAAGGCUGCCUUAGAGAGUGAUACACGAGUGCUCGCUUUUGAAGCUGGAAGGAAACACAACAUUCGGGUCAACACCAUCUCUGCUGGUCCAUUGGGAAGCCGAGCAGCCAAAGCCAUUGGGUUCAUAGACACCAUGAUUGAGUACUCCUACUCCAAUGCUCCUAUCCAGAAAACCCUAACCUCGGAUGAAGUGGGAAACGCGGCAGCUUUCUUAGCAUCACCACUGGCAUCUGCCAUAACAGGAGCAACCAUCUAUGUUGACAAUGGCUUGAACUCGAUGGGCGUUGGGGUUGAUAGCCCAGUCUUUGAAAAUCUCAAGAUCCCCAAAUCCGACAACUGAGUUUGAGGCUUUCUUGCGUUUCAAGUUAGGUCGGAUUGUGAUCCUCCUUUUGUUUUUCCUUUCCUUUCUACAGAGAAUAGAGCGCGUGGUUCCAGGGUAUUCUCAGGAACUUAAGAGUUUGCUAAUAAGCUAUCUGAUAAUAAUGAAAGACUUGUUGUUUCAA